CUUGUCGUUAUCAUUCCCACACUAUCAUUGUCCCCCAUAACACUAUUGGCCCCAGCCCAUCUGGCCUCUUUCAGGCUGCCUUCGAUCUGGCUCUGCGGAUCUCCUUGCCAUGGCGUACUACCGCUCGGGGGGCGCCUGGGGCAGCUCGGGACUGGGCUACGGCGCUGGGUAUGGUGCAGGCGGCUAUGGCAGCGGCCUGUACGGUGCUGGCGCAUAUGGCGGUGGUGCCGACUGCGGAACCGCCUGCUGCGCCGGAACGACCGCCGCCAUGGGCUGCGGUCCCGCCUGCGGCGCGGGGUGUGCCGAGGCGACGGGCUGCGGCAGUGGCGUGGGCGGCGGCAGCGGCUGCGGCACGGGCGCAGGUGGCACGAUCCUGAGCUACGUGGGCCCUGGGGGCGACUACGCGCAGGAGACAACGUACAGGUACGUGGGGGCGGGCGCGGGCGAGUUCGGGGUGCUUCGCAUUCCCGGCCGCGGCCCCAACUGCUGCCUGUUCCUCCUCAUCCCGGGGCUGCUGUCCCUGCUGCUGCUCCCGCUGCUCUUGUUCUCGCUCGCCCCAGGUAGCACCACGACGACAAUGACGACGUCGACUACCACGCCGUUCAUUGUCACAACCACACCGCCUCCCGAGACCACGCCAUCCACGACCAAGAAGACUACGACGCAGGCGCCUCCCCCGCCGCCUCCGCCGCCCCCGCCGCCCCCGCCGCCGCCUCCGCCCCCGCCCCCUCCGCCGCCGCCCACGACCACCGAGAAAAAGAUCAACUGCGGCGAAGGUGCCCCAGAGUCGUGGGACCAGGCGAAGAAGGUGCAGUGCUGCCUCAUGGAGAACAAAGGAUGCCCGACCACGUCCACGUCGCCCUGUCCCAUCGACUGCAACGCAGGCUACAACGACCUCGACCCGCUGCAGUGGGUGCGCGGCUGGUCCGGCGAGAAGAAGCUGUACUGCUGCAAGACGGCCCAGCGGGGGUGCCCCUCGGAGCUGCCGCCCCCUUCGGGGCUGCCUCCCUCGGGGCUGCCUCCCGCCCCGGACACCAACUCUUACGACUGCGACGCCGGGUACCACCACUGCAUGCACUGCCUGGAGCUGUCGUGGUCCCCCCAGAAGAUCAAGUACUGCUGCAGCAACUUCCACAAGGGGUGCAAGGGUGAGGAGCCGGAGUAGAGCGACGAGCUUCGAGAGUGGGCCGCGCCAGACGGCCAGGCGAUGUAGCAAGGAACAGGCAAAUCAUGGGGAGCAUUGUGUAUAAUAAGCAGGCAGGCGGGUAUCAGUCAUGUUUCUGCCGGCUGCGCCCCAUUCUCUCCAGCGCCGCGGGCGGCAUCUUUGUGUGGCAGCGCGGCAGGGCAAAGUUACGUGCUCGCGCUGUGCACACCGUCGGUAUCGUCGCAGGCGGCCCGGCAGGCGCAUAUGCUAGAGGGAGCGGCGUGUACGCUUUUCGGCUCUUCGCGAUGCCCGCCGACCUCCUUCGUGCUAGCUCCCCCCCCCUCCUCCCGCACCCCUCCCCGCCGGAGGCCUUCUCGGGCACCUAUGUCUGCAAGCGUUCCGCUCCGAGGGCUCCCAGAGUCCCGAGAAGGAGCCGCCCAAUAUAAGACGUCCGAGACGUCGAGUCUCUCGAGCCUCGACCUUCCCCCCCGCCUCAAGCCUCGAUCCGUGGCUGGCCGGAGGGGCGGGGCGAGGCGCCGCAAGGCGCCCGCCGCCCUCCUUCCGUCCGCGCCACCGGGGCGGGGUGCCCAACAACGGUUUCUGCAGCACUGUGCAGGAUGGUGGCGGGAGGGUGCCAUUUUCGUGCGGGCUGGCGCGAGAAGCGGCAAGGCAACGCCGACAUCCUGCAUCGAUCGGAGACCCCCUCUACUGAAUACCCAUCAGGGUGGCGCCG